UGCAAGGCUUCAUGCCCAGCACAUGCCCACACAACAUGCAGCUGCUCUAGUUUUGCACUUUGACUACUUUAUGCGUGUUUAAAGCGCCACAUCAUGUCGGAUCGGUUGUGUUUCUCGUCUCGCCGCUCGCCUGUGGUCACGUUGAGCGCGUGCGUGGCGUCCAGUCAGACUUUAGCCACGAGCGCAGGACUGGACAUCCUGAGGCAGGGGGGGAACGCUGCAGAUGCAGCGGUUGCCGUGGCAGCAGCUCUGGCGGUGACUGAGCCCUGCAGCACUGGGCUUGGAGGCGAUGCCUUCUGCCUGUUCUAUAACGCACACACAAAAGAGAUACAGGGGCUAAAUGGGAGUGGCCGUGCAGCUGAGGCCCAGUCCUUGGAUUUCAUGGAGGGGCGUGGCUUCACUGCAGAUGCCCCUCCCCCGCCCUUUGACGCACUGAAUGUGACUGUCCCUGGAGCUCCGGCCUGUUGGUGUGACACACUGCAACUGUUUGGCAGCCACAAGCUGCCCGUCCAGGACGUGCUGAGGAGGGCUGUGGAGCUGGCUGAGGGGGGGUUUCCUGUGGCAGAGGUGACUGCGCAUCACUGGGGUCUCUGGGUCUCGGAGCUUCAGAAGGCCGGGAGAGGCUUGGAUCCAGACCUGCUCAUCCAGGGAAGAGCACCAAAGUCUGGGCAAGUCUUCAGGAACCCAGCCCUCGCCCAAACUCUGAGGGAGUUGGGGGAGGGCGGUAAACCUGCGUUCUAUGAAGGCAGAGUGGCCAAAGCCAUCGUGGACGUGAUCAGAGAAAAUGGAGGAGUCAUGACUGAGGACGACCUGAAGCGCCACAGCAGUGAAGUCAUCUGUCCAAUCAGCAUCCAGUACAAGGGCGUGACUCUGUGGGAGCCUCCUCCGAACGGGCAGGGCCUGUCCGCUCUGCUGCUGCUCAACAUCCUGGACAACUUCCCCCUCAAAGUUAAGGGCCAUAACAGCGCAGACUACAUCCACAUUUUCACUGAGGCGGUGCGAUUGGCCCAAACAGACGUGCUGUGUUACCUAGGCGACCCCGGUCAUGUGACUGUCCCCGUCGACGCCCUAUUGGACAAGAGCUACGGCCGCUUAAGAGCCCAGAGCAUCAGCAUGGACAGGGUGAUGGAUGAUGUCAAACCCGGGCUGGAGACAGGAAGUGACACGGUGUAUUUCUGCGUGAUUGACAGCGAGGGGAACGCCUGCUCCUUUGUCAACAGUAACUACAUGGGUUUCGGCUCUGUCCUCGUCCCAAAAGACUGUGGAUUCACUCUGCAGAAUCGCGGUGCAAACUUCUCCCUGCUCCGAGGCCAUCCAAACUGUAUCUCUGAAGGAAAACGCCCGUACCACACCAUCCUCUGUGCUCUGCUUACUCACUCAGACACUCAGGAGCUGCUCGCGGCGCUGGGGGUCAUGGGAGCCUUCAUGCAGCCUCAGGGACACGUGCAGGUUUUGUUAAACAUGGUGGAGUUUGAGAUGAAUCCACAGCAGGCUUUAGAUGCUCCUCGGGUCUACGUUCACUACGACCAGAAAGAUGGACAGUGGAUGGUGAAUUUGGAAGAAGGUGUUGAUUCAGAAGUAGCAGAGGAGCUGAGGAGGCGAGGCCACACUGUUAACUACCCAGUCACAGGUCAUAAGAGGGCUCAGUUUGGGCGGGGCCAGAUCAUCACUGUGGGCGACUGGUGGGACUCAACUGUCAGUCAAACAGAUCGGCCAAUCCAGAGAGUGCUGUGGGCGGGAUCAGACCCCAGAGCAGACGGAUGUGCUCAGGGAUAUUAGACACAGAGACGACAAUGAGCGUUUUUACAGAUACAAAGAGAUGAGCAUUUUAACAGAUGUAACACAGAGGAGUGCCUUUUUAUCAUAGAUGUUGUUAAAGAUAUUUUCUAAAGAAUUCAAUUUGUUUGGAAUAUAAGGUACAAGUUUUAAUAUGACAUGUUUAUUUUCUAUAUUACUCGCUCAAAGCCGCUGUUUCCGUC